AAAGUGCUGAGAUUACAGGCAUGAGCCACCAUCCCCAGCCUUCUCUCUUCUUAAUAAUGGCUUUCUAUGUCUUUUGCUUCGCUGAUACCCUCACUCUGUUUCUCUAUGACUCUCCUAUUCCAUUGUUAUCUUUAUUGCUUUUUCUUUCUGCUCAUCUGUUUAUCACCCGCUGGCUACUUGCCUUGCUCUCUCUAUUCUCUGUCUCUGUCCCUGUUUCUUCUGUUUCAAGGUCAGUGGUUCUCUGUCUCUAUCUCUCUGUUUCUGCCUCUCCAUCUGUCUUUUGUUUCCCUUGCAUGCAGGGCCCUAGCCUGUGGAUCAUGGCAAAUUUGAGCCAGCCCUCCGAAUUUGUCCUCUCGGGCUUCUCCUCCUUCGGUGAGCUGCAGGCUCUUCUGUAUGGCCCCUUCCUCAUGCUUUAUCUUCUUGCCUUCAUGGGAAACACCAUCAUUAUAGUUAUGGUCAUAGCUGACACCCACCUACAUACACCCAUGUACUUCUUCCUGGCCAAUUUUUCCCUGCUGGAGAUCUUGGUAACCAUGACUGCAGUGCCCAGGAUGCUCUCAGACCUGCUGGUCCCCCACAAAGUCAUUACCUUCACUGGCUGCAUGGUCCAGUUCUACUUCUACUUUUCCCUGGGUUCCACCUCCUUCCUCAUCCUGACAGACAUGGCCCUUGACCGCUUUGUGGCCAUCUGCCACCCACUGCGCUAUGGCACUCUGAUGAGCCGGGCUGUGUGUGUCCAGCUGGCUGGGGCUGCCUGGUCAGCUCCUUUCCUAGCCAUGGUACCUACUGUCCUCUCCCGAGCUCAUCUUGAUUACUGCCAUGGCAACGUCAUUAACCACUUCUUCUGUGACAGUGCACCUCUCCUGCAGUUGUCCUGCUCUGACACUCGCCUAUUGGAAUUCUGGGACUUUCUGAUGGCCUUGGCCUUUGUCCUCAGCUCCUUCCUGGUGACCCUCAUCUCCUAUGGCUACAUAGUGACCACCGUGCUGCGGAUCCCCUCUGCCAGCAGCCGCCGGAAGACUUUCUCCACCUGCGGGUCUCACCUCACACUGGUCUUCAUUGGCUACAGUAGUACUAUCUUUCUGUAUGUCAGGCCUGGCAAAGCUCACUCUGUGCAAGUCAGGAAGGUCGUGGCCUUGGUGACUUCAGUUCUCACCCCCUUCCUCAAUCCCUUUAUCCUUACCUUCCGCAAUGAGACAGUUAAAACAGUGCUACAGGGGCAGAUGCAGAGGCUGAAAGGUCUUUGCAAGGCACAGUGAUGAGCCUGGGGCCCGGAGGGACCUGGCCUGCCUCCAUCGAGCAGUUCCGUGGGGAGGGAGACCUCCAGUGAGUGGGAAGACCACUGUUGAGUUUCUUUAGUUUUUUUCCUCUGAGCAAUAACUACAGUGAGCCCUCAGUGCUGCACUGUCUGGCCCAAAGCUCUUAUGGGCCACCAUGGAAGUGUUCCCUACAUCCCCUGGCAGCCGUAAGAACUCUGAGAGUAGCCCAGAGCUUUCAGUAAAGGGAAGUGCAUGUGCUUUACAUUUAAGGAAGAGUAGCCAAGAAGUGCUCUCUGAUCAAGAGGUAGUAUCCAGUCCCAGUAUAUGUGCAUGGAUGUGUAUGUGUGUACAUAUGUGUGCAUGUGUGUGCAUGUUCGGGGCGUGCUUCUCUAUCACAGUAUGCACCAUUGCUGAGUGUAUGCACCAUAAGUGCUUGGGCUACAUGGAAUCAAGGGAAGAAGCAAAACUUACCAAAAACAAACUGAUUGUUUUUUAAUGUGUGUGUGAGUGUUGUGGGGAGGGCUGGGUCCUUGUAUGAUUAUUCAUCCAUUCAUUCAUUUCAUCAAUAUUGAGUAGGCUGUGUAUGUCAGGCACUGGAACAGGUAGAGGGUAAGAAGGUAAAAAAGGCAUAAAUGGUUCUUCGCCUGACAAAGCUCUUGGCCUAAGGAAGGAAAGAGUGAUAAAUAGCUGUUUCCAGCACAGUAGGGAAAGUGCAACAGUGGAUUCACAGAAGGUUUUAUGAGCAUACAGGAGAGCAACACUGAGACCAGGCAGGGGCUGAAUGACGGCUUCCUGAUGAGAUGACACCUGAGUAGCACAUUGACUAUAAGGUGGACACUGUGAGAGUGCAAUUCAUCAGGUAUCUUUGCAUCAGAGAAAGAUGAAACAGAGGGAAAUUAAAACAAGAUAAAUCUCCACUAAUGAGGAAUUAUGUGGUUUCCAGAGAGGAAACACUCAGAGUUUUAGAAAGAUAAAAAAAACUUUGCUCCUGUAUGGUUAGAAAUAUUCAUUUGCCUAAAGGCAAGGGAUUGUAAUAAACUUAGUCAAUUCAUUUAUUCAGUCAUUAUAUAUCCUAUUUUACACACAUAUAUAUUAUAUUGUACAUUACAUAAAAUAUGAACAUUAUAUUACAUUCACAUACAUGUGGGUAUAAAAUUCUUGAAAGUCUAUUAUGUCCCAUGCUGCCUUUGGAGUCAAAUAUCAGUUCCACUGUCCUCCCUCCUCCAACUAUAGCUGGAAAUUUAAAAAAUCUUCCAGUUACUUUGACCUCAGGAUCAUGGUGUUCCCUUAGCUUUCUCCUACGCAGAAUUUUCUAAAGUAUCCCCAGUUUAAGUUGUUCUGACACAUUGUUUCUGUAAAUACACUUUAAUUUACCAAACUCUAUUUCCCAAUUUGUAAUAUAUAAGCUACAAUCAGGAGUUUAUUCAUAGCUACACUUACUUGAAAACAAUAAAACUACUAAUUUAUCACACAUGUCGAGCAUUUAAAAAAUCCACUAUGUGGAAAUGAAUGAGGUAGGCUCAUCUGGAGCUUGGGAGAUGUGGCUUGCUUGCCAGCCCGUUGGGUCUCCUUGUGACCUCCUCUUACCCCAAGUUAACUCCUUCCUAAACAAGGCACCCCUUUCUCUGGCUUUCUGAAAGUGUCUUUCUUUCUUGCUGAGAUACCCCUCAGCCAAGUCAGAGGGUCUUUUUACGUUCCUAGUUUCAGUUUCUGGACCAAAAUUUCUGCUCGUUCUUUAAUUACAUAACAGAGCAAUGACUCUGGUGUUUGCAAUUGCUGUUGAAUGAAUUGAUGUUUUUUUCCUCUGUUUAUUCUCUGCUUGCUACCUAGAAAAGUAAGUAUUUGUAGAGUAAAUGAAAGAAGGAUGAGUAAAUUAAGAAUAAUUCUACUAACAAUAUCUUACUUUUGUAUACUUUUCAUACUUUACGAACCACUUUUACAUAUAUUUUCCAUUUGGUUUUUACCCUCAUAGUAAUUCAAUUAAAUAAAGAUUCACUGAUCACCCAUCAUGAACCAAACACUCCACUCAGCAGUGGCUAUUAAAGAUGAAAGAAAUGUGGAGUCUGACCUCAAGGGGUUCCCUGUACUGAGAGAAAUUUAAAAAUAUGGUUAAUUUCAAUAAGCUGUUUUCCUAUGGAGUGUAUGAGAGCUCAGAAGGAAAAUUUCUGAUUCUGAAACUGCAGCAAGCAGUGUUCCUGGCCCGCUUUAGAGGGAAAGGGAAACACGGUUGAGGGGAAGAAUGAGUUGGUCAAAGAAAUGGCAGAACUGACAGCAGGAUCUGGUUCUUCAGACCUUUUUUUCCAUCUCCCCAUCUUUGGAAUUUUCUUCUUCCAUCUGAAUUAAAAGUUGGGUUAAUUCAAAGUUGGAACCUCCAGGGUCUGAAGCUGCUCAGUUUUGCCUCCUCUGGACCCUUACUGAUCACAUAUCUAUCAAGUUUCUACAAGUUUGUAGACUUGUAAUGGCAACAAUUCUAGUAACCCCUUCCUCACAGUAAUUGCACAUUUAGUAUCUAUCACUUGAGAGAAACACAUAUUGGCAGAAAGCAAGUAUAGAUUCAAUGUUACUUUUAAAGAUUUGUGUUUCAAUAUCAAAGGCAUAGAAGCAACCCAGAUGCCCAUCAAUGGUGGACUGGAUAAAGAAAAUGUGGUACAUAUACACCAUGGAAGACU